GCUAUUUUGGCACCUAUUGACCUGACAGGCACGAGAGCACGUCAGCUGCAGAUGGAAGCUCUCAGCCAGGAGUGAUGCUGUGGCGCUGGCCGGCACAGAGAGCAGGGCUUCACAGCACCGAGGGACUGCAGCUGAGCAGUUAACUAAGGCAUCAACAUGGAGGUUUCCAACCCUCUGAAGAUGUACGGCCUGUACCUGGAAGCAGUGAACGACUACAUUAAUGAAUCCUACGGAGAGGAUGUGUGGAGACUCAUCGAGAACCGCGCAGAGAUUCCCCACCUCAAGUUCGUCCGACAUCAGAUGUACAAUGACAACCUGAUCCUGCGGUUGGCAAAGGCGGCGGGGGAGGUUCUGGGGAAGACCCACGAUGAGCUGAUGUACGCCUUCGGGGUCUACAUGGUGAAGAGGAUCGGAAACUACGGAUAUGAGCGGAUUCUAAAGGUCUUGGGGCGAAACGUGCGCGACUUCAUCAACGAGCUGGACAACUUGCACGAGUACUUUCGCUUCUCCUUCCCCAAAGUGCAGCCGCCGAGCUUCUGCGUGGAGGAGGAGUGCGAGAAGAGCCUCACGCUGCACUACCGCAGCACCCGCAAGGGCUUCACUCAGUUUGUUAAAGGGCAGCUGUCUCAAGUGGGACGGCAGUUCUACAGCACGGACAUUGAAGUGGAGAUCCUGUCCAAGGAGGAAACGGAGAAAAUGACGUAUGUGGUGUACAAGAUGAACUUCGACAACGCCGCCUUCAAACACCGCAUGCCUCAGCAGAAGACGGCGCCGGGCUACGAGAAGCUGCCGAUGAAGCGAGGUCUCUUUUUUGACAUGUUCCCCUUCAGUGUCAUCUUCCGCCGCGACAUGACCAUGUACCGCAUCGGUGACGGCCUCAAGGAGGUCUUCUCCGACCUCCAGGGCAAGAAGGUCAACGAGGAGUUCACUCUGAUCCGACCCAUGCUGGAGUUCAGCUGGGAUAGUAUCUACACACAUUUGAACAACGUGUUUGAGCUGUUGUCUGUGGCGGUGGUGGAGAGCAAGCAGAAGGUCAACAUGCCCAAACUGAGCAAGGAGGAGCCCGAGGAGGGACGAGAGAAGGAAGACAACGACAAAGCAAAGUGGGAGGAAGAGCGAGAGCCGAAGGAAGUGGAGGAGAUGAAGGUCUCAGACCAGGAGUACAGCGGCGCGCUCACCCAAUACAACAGCUCAGGAAACUCUGGAGGGGAAGACAUUGAACUGCUGGCUUUCCAGACGGUCACCGGAAAGUGCAGUGAGACCAUCUUUGAAGACUUGCGAGAGCCUCCAAAGAAACCUCUCCACCUGAAGGGCCAGAUGAAGUACGUCCCCCCGUGGGACUCCCUCAUCUUCCUGGGGACACCCAUCAUCGAGACAGUGGAGGACAUGAUAAAGAUGGGCGUGUACGUGAACGAUCUGAACCUGCAUGACUCCAGCAGAGAGCUCAUUUUGGCCGGGACGCAACAAUCGGCUGAGCUGCAGCUGGCCCUCGACCAGGAGCAACAGAAAUAUGCUCAGCUGAUGAAAAUCAUCAAGAAGCUGGAUGAAGAGAAGAAGAGAGGAGAUUCUUUGCUGUACGCCAUGAUCCCUAAAGCUGUGGCCGACCGCCUCAGGAAGGGGAUAACUGCACUGGAGACAUGCCAGGUCUUCCCAGAUGUGACCAUCCUGUUCAGCGACGUGGUCAAGUUUAACGAGAUCUGCAUCCACAUCACACCCAUGCAGGUGGUGGACAUGCUGAACGAGAUCUACAUCGUCUUCGACACGCUCAGCGAGAAGCACAACGUCUAUAAGGUGGAGACGAUCCGUGAUGCCUACAUGGUGGUGGCGGGCGUGCCCAACAAGACCACCUUUCAUGCGCACCAUAUCUGCGACAUGGCCCUGGACAUGCUGAGCUCCAUCGACCACCUUAAAGACCCCUCCACCGGGGAUAACAUCCAGAUCAGAGUCGGUGUUCACUCCGGUAUGGUGGUGGCUGGCGUGGUGGGUCUGAAGAUGCCUCGCUACUGUCUGUUUGGCGACACGGUGAACUCCGCUUCAAGGAUGGAGAGCAAUGGAGUGGUGACUGGCGACAUAUUAAACUAUCUCUCGCCCAUAACCCCGGGCAACAGUAUAAAUAACUGCAGACGUUCAUCAUUUCACUCAAACUAA